ACAUGGACGGGCCGCACAUUUUCAUUUAUGUUCUCUUAGGAGUUGUAUUCUUCAGUCAUUGGACCUCUGGAUCAGAGUUGGAGAUGUCAGUCAGACCAGGAGAAAACAUCACUCUCUAUUGUGACUGCAAUUCAUCAACCGGAGUAUACAUCGUGUGGUACAGGAACUGCUCUCAUGAGAACCAGCCUUCUCUUGUCCUUGAUAUAAUUGCAAGGAAAAAAAACGUUAAGGAUAACAACUAUUCUCAGAAUCCUCUACCUCGUUUCCACUUUGUGAAAAACUCUUCCUCUGAGUCUUAUGACCUGCUGAUCAUUAACAUCACUGAGACCGAUGAAGGGCUCUACUACUGUGGAACUGAAACGUUGAAGGUGGAGAAAAAAGAACAAAUUACUUCCGCACAGAUUUACACACAUGGAAACAUCUCAACAAGGAUCCAUGUCAACUCCAGUGAGCAUCAUCCCCAGGAAAGUAAGUUAACGGGAGACUGUAGAGUGUGCUGGAUGCUGCUGUUCUCUCUGUGUCCAGCUGUUGCUGCUCUGUCCUCUCUCCUCUCCUCUCUCCUGGUGUAUCACCUUUGUAAGAAAGAAGCUAAAGAACCUCAAACUGAUCAGCAAACAGCUCAAACAAGACUAAAUCAAGAUGAAGAUGUGUGUUAUGCUGCACUGGAAAUACGUCCGGCAUCAAAGAGACCAAAGAGGACGACAACCCAGAGUUCUGACUUCAGCACCUAUUCUGCCAUCAACACUUCGAGGAUGUAAAGACUUGCAAGACAGUUACUAAACAAGAUCACAAACAAACCAAAAUUGUAUUCUAUUUUUCCAGGAUAAGUAGAGACCAUUAUGCCGCUUAUCGUUCCCAUUUAAAGCUGAGCAACAGUCAGCAUUAUCUAUGACUGAUGUGUAUAAAAAGCUGUAUGCAUAAAGUCAUUGUUUUGAAGGUGAAAGCAGUUAUGUCUUCAAAAGUUGAUACUAAACUAUAUUUCUAAUUCCCUGAAACCACUUAAAAAAGUAAAAAUAAAGAAAAC